UUCUUCCCUGUCAAAGUCAAACAAACAGCCAGAAGCAGCCAGCCAGCCCUCGUUUCCCUCAUUUUCCUCUUCAUUUUCUCGGGAAAAAAGAAGCAUGGGAAAAGGUCCUGGUCUCUACUCCGAUAUCGGCAAAAAGGCUAGAGAUCUUCUUUACAAGGAUUACCAGGUUGACCACAAGUUCACUGUCACUACUUACACUUCCAAUGGAGUCGCAAUCACAUCAACCGGGACUAAGAAAGGUGAAUUGCUUUUGGCUGAUGUAAAUACUCAGCUCAAGAACAAGAAUAUCACAACUGAUGUGAAAGUCGACUCCAGAUCGAAUCUUUUCACCACUGUCACUAUUGAUGAACCUGCACCAGGAUUGAAGACCAUCUUUAGUUUCGUUGUUCCUGAUCAAAAGUCUGGCAUGGUGGAACUGCAAUACCGGCAUGAAUAUGCUGGCAUAAGCAAUGGCAUUGGAUUGACUGCAAAGCCUCUUGUUAGCUUUUCUGGUGUUAUUGGAAACGAUUGUGUCUCUGUUGGGACUGAUCUCUCAUUUGACACUGCCAGUGGAAACUUUAUCAAACUGAAUGCUGGGUUAAAUAUCACCCAUUCUGACCUCAUUGCUUCCAUGACAUUGAAUGAUAAAGGUGAUACUCUUACUGCUUCCUACUACCACAUUGUUAGUCCAUUGACUAACACAGCAGUUGGUGCGGAGCUGACCCAUAGUUUCUCAAGUAACGAGAACACUCUCACUAUUGGUACGCAGCAUGCUCUUGACCCAUUGACCACGGUGAAGGCUCGUAUGAACAACUAUGGCAGAGCAAGCGCAUUGAUCCAGCAUGAGUGGCGCCCAAAAUCCCUCUUCACUAUAUCAGGAGAGGUGGACACCAGAGCAAUAGAAAAGAGUGCUAAGGUUGGGUUGGCCUUGGCACUCAAGCCAUAGGCAAAUUUAUUAUCAUUGUUGUGCAGGUGAAGGGAAGGCCAUAAAUUUGAUUGGUGGAGACUUGGAGAGAAAUAAUGUACUUUUUACGGAUUUGACAUUGAUGGUCAUGGCCCUCAUGGAUUGUAAAAAUAAUUGAGUGGCAAACUUAGCGAUUUGUUUUUGUUGAAUUUCCAAGGGCAUACAGUUUUGUUGAGCAAGCUUCAUGUUGUCAAAUGUCAAUUGACCUGUGAAAUUGAGUGUUGUUUUCAUUCA